AUGCCGAUUCUGACCGCUUCUCGGAUUGCCGCAACGCAGGCUGUCUCUUAUGCUGCGCUCUCGUUAAGCUGUCUCCCAUCAUUCACACAUCCUCCUGCUCGACAAGUUAUCAUAUCAUUUCAACUCCCUCUGAAUCAUGUUUUCGAGUAUUUUCGCGAUCGAAAAGCCCUUCGCCGCUUUCCGGGCAUGACGCCAUUGGCACCGUUCACCAACCUACCGUACAUGUACCAUGCAUCGAGAGGUAGACGAUACAAAGCGGUCCACGAAGCUCACCAGAAGUAUGGCCCUAUUGUUCGAGUCGGGCCAAACUCCGUAUCGUUCAACGACGUGCAGGCCGUCAGAGACAUAUACGGUCACGGCUCAGCAGUCCGCAAGGACGAGUUUUACGACGUGUUGUCUGGAACCCAUCGCCAUCUGGCCGACGUAGCAGACCGAGACGAUCAUUCCCGCAAGCGGCGUGUGCUUGCUGGUGCCUAUUCUCAAGCUGGCCUUGAACAUUGGGAGCACAUCGUUGCAGACAGGACCAGGGCCUUAGUCCAGCAAUACGAUCGGCUCUGCAACAGGCCCGUUUAUCAAUGCACGCCGCAUAGAGAUCCGCAUCUGAACCUCGAGCACGUCAAAGGUUUCAUCAAUCACCGAGCCUGGAUGGGCAUAUUCGCCGAGGAUGCAAUUAGCCAGAUCGGGCUGAGCGCAGACUUGCACAUGAUCGAGGCUGGCAACGACAUAGUAGAAGUCACAGCCCUGAACGGCAAAACAUCGCGUUUCAGCUACCGCGAAGCAUUGUGGUACUCCCACCGUAUCCAAUCCCCCAUGGUUUGGUCACCGAAGUGGUUCAAGACACUCGCACAAUGGACGUCGUGGCAUCCCUGGUGGCGACACAACGACAACUACACCAACAUGUGCGUCUAUUUCGUCCAACAGAGGCUGAAGCGGUAUGAAGCUGGUGAAAAGCUGGAUGACUUCUACACAUACCUCUUGGAAGACAAAUACGGGAGCGCCAAUUUCUACCCGAUGGGUGAGCUGGUGGCAGAAUGCAGCAUUAUGUGCAAUGCCGGGUCGGACACCACUGGGACGGCUCUGACGAAUGUGUUGUAUUGGCUGAUCAAGAACAUGGAGACUCUGACGGCACUUCGCGGAGAGGUCGACUCUGUGCUUGAGCCUGGCGAUAGCGUAGCUGCGUACGACCGCGUCAAGCACCUUCCAUAUCUGCGCGCGUGCCUGGACGAAAGCAUGCGCCUGACGCCACCAAAUACCAUGAAUGUGCCUCGACUGACGCCGGGGGAAGGGAUCGAAAUCAUGGGGGAAUGGAUUCCCGGCCACACCACCGUUCACAGCCCGCCGUAUGCCAUGCAUCGCAACGCUGUCAUCUUCCCUGACCCUCUCGCCUAUCGGCCUGAACGCUGGCUCGCUGACAAUGCGAAGGACUUGCAGCCUCACUUCCUCACCUUCAGUGCCGGGGCGAGAAGCUGCAUUGGGAGGAAUAUCACCUAUCUCGAGCAGACGGUGGUGUGGGCCACGUUGGUCCAUCGGUAUGAGUUUGAGUUGCUCAGUGCCGGUUGGGAGCUCUCACAGAGGGAAGCGUUCACGUGUUCUCCAGGAGAUAUGCCGGUGAAGAUCUGGAGAAGGGAGAUACCUGUCGGCGGUGAAUGA